AUGACCAGAAGGAAGCGGACAGUGAAAUGUGUUGGUCCACGUGAAGGGAUAGCGAUUCUGCUACAGAACUCCACCCUGGACGUUACCAUCGAGUAUCGCUACACAUUAGUGCCAAAGUUUCGAAAUACCAUGAAUUUCAAGUACCAAGUACUUUAUAUUGACAAUCAACGUGCCGCCCUUUACUGGUGCUAUAGAAGAGCUGAAAAUGGCAGCUGUAUUCAACACGAUGUCAAUUUCAUGAUUCGAUCCCGUCAUUUUUCACACAAUGACCUCUCAAUGGUGUUACCGUAUCUCGAGAAAGUGUGCAUCGAAAAGGACAACCUGCGAUGGUUUGAUCUUCACUCCCAGUGUGGUAGUGAAAUGUCGGCGUCAACACAACUCAGACGAGAUCUGGUCACUCUGUCCCAUUACGAUGUUCUGCACAUCCUUACGAAUGUUCAAGAACCAAAAUGCCUCGCACAUGAAGUCCACGGCGUUCGUGCCGAUCUAGCA